GGAAAAUCGAGAUCCCGUUUCUUCAGGGUUGUGAACGAAUUGUAUGGAAAUGCUUAGAAAGUUCACUAGUACUUGGGCGAUUCUGCUUUUCUGUGGCUUCCCACCAUGGAGCUGUGGAAACUUUGCUUCCAAGAAUUUUGAAGAAAAAUUAGUCAAAUUGUCUAAAGUGAUCGAAUACAUUCAUCAAAGGCCUCAACAAAUGAAUGUCGAUGUUACGUUAUCUCUAACUAUUGUCCAAGGUAAAAUUAUACAACAAUAUUAUAAAUUUACAAUUUUAACGAGCACCGUUAUCUUUGAAACAUUGAAUUUCAUUUCAAUGUUAUUUUUUACAGCUAACAUUGCUGCUAUUUUUUUACAUAAAAAUGCACAAUUCUUGACCGAUAAACAUCGAAAUAUACUUAUGACGAUUUUAAAUCUUUGUGAUUUAACAAGACGAGAUUUAUUAAAUAAAAUUGUUUUAGAGAACAAAGAUAUCCGAUUAUUGCACGAAACAAUAAAUUAUCCUAAUUUAUGGAUGAAAAAGAUAUCAUGGCGGCAUGGCGCUCUAGUAAAAGGGAGAGCCAAUAUCGAAUUACCUUAUCGAGAUAUACGAGAUCUGGUAAUGCAAGGAGUGCCUAAGGAGGAAGAAAGCGAUCGAUGUCUCGCUGAAAUCGUUCGAAAUAAAUUCAAUUCGGAUCAUAGAAUUCCUGGUUUAUGCCUCGAAAUAUUAACUACUCGAGAAUCCACCAAAGGAUAUCCUCUUACUCAUCGAUUAUUAAUCGUUCAAAUUGCCAAAAUAAUGGAAUGUGAUCAAGAUCUUCCAUCUUCAGAAUUAAUACUUUUUUAUUGUUCUGCAAUUUUUCAAGAUUUGAUCGAUAUCGAAAUAGCUGGAUUUCCUUAUCAAACACCAGAUUUAAUGAUGGAACAGGUUGUUUUAUGCGGCAUAGAAGGUUUUCUUGAAUUCACUGAUAAGCAUUAUGAACGAUUAAUAUUGGAUUGGUCACAUCCUAGCGGUUGCUUCAGUUCUUUCGGAAGUAAGUUUCUUAGUAACAAAAUGCGUGUUAUACGAAGAACUUCGAUGCAAACUGAUUUUGGCUGCGAUAAUCAUGCUACUGGUUUAGCCGCUGCUUCUCUUUCUUUAUUUAUUCGCAAGAGUUUGGAGAAUAUGUAUGAGUAACAGAAUUCAUCGUUGACAUAAAAAGUAUACAUAUGUACUAACAUGUAUAUAGAUACAAUAUAUAUAUAUAUAUAGAAUAAAAUCUAAAGUGUUUUAAGAGAAAAAUAAUAAAA